AUUUUUACGAAAAAGGUUUCAUUGACAAUUAUUAUAAUUGGACUUCUCAUGGCGAACCUUUCGAUUCAUCACUUUUACCACAAACAGUAGGUUCGUCUCGUAACGUCCCUAACGAGAUGAGUGGGUGGGGAGACUAUGAUCACAUGACGUGGGAGCAAAGAAUGGUAUAUAAUGUAUACAGUGCCUCAACAUCUCAGUCUAACCUCCCACAACCAUUUGAAUUCUUCUCCAUUCUCAUAAACCGGGACGAAAUCGAGCUCAAAAUCCGGGAUGAAAUCCGGCAAGAUCUCAGCCUCAAGGACGAAGUCGGGCAAGAUCUCAGCCUCAACGAUGAAGUUGGGCAAGAUCUCAGACUCAGGGACGAUAUCGGCCAACUUCUCAAACACAGGGACGAAAUCGUCCUUCCGGAGGAAUCCUCUAAGUCCUCAACCACCACACCAUUGAAAUCAGCAUGCAUGCACAAAAACGACAAGUUUUCUACCAUUAAUGGCUUUCAAGAUUGAGGUGGGUGUGUGGGUGGGAUGACUGCAGAUGAAUCGACAGAGGAAGGAGAUUUUUCAU